AUGGCAGCGACAUUUUCAUCCGUCCCGGUAGUUGAUUUUGCCCGGCUGCAUGACCCUGUGACGAAGAAUGAGGAGCUUUCGAAGCUGCGUGAGGCGAUCUUCGUUGUUGGGUUCCUAUACUUGACCAAUACGGGGUUGGAGGGCAUCAUUGAGCGCACCCAUGAGCGUCUACCUGAGCUGUUUGCCUUGUCUCCGGAGGCCAAAGAGGACUGUAACAUGAUCAACUCGCCAUCCUUUCUAGGAUAUACACGUCUUGGUGCCGAGACAACCGCAGCAAAGACAGAUCUUCGCGAGCAAUUCGACUUUGGCACUCCCGGAAUGAAGCCGUGGAUGGAAGGGGAUCCCUUCUGGCAGAGACUUGAAGGACCCAACCAGUAUCCAGACCACGUUGGUGCAAAACCCCUGGUCGAAGAGUACAUCAUAAACAUUGAUAGCCUAGCACAAACAUUUGUCCGCCUGGUCGCCGAAUGCCUGUCACUUCCAGUCGACACGUUCGAUAGUUUCAAGGGGAACAUGAGCCGUUUGAAAUUUGUCAAAUAUCCCCCAGCAGCACAAGGCUCUCAGGGUGUUGGGCCCCACAAGGACUCGGCAGGACUUUUCACAUUCCUAUCCCAAGACGAUGCAGGGGGACUUCAGGUGCUCAAUAAGAACGGACAGUGGAUCGACGUUCCACCCAUCGAGGGCAGUCUAGUAGUCAAUAUUCAACAGGGAUUCGAAGCAAUCACUGGAGGGAUCUGCGCGGCUACGACCCAUCGGGUUAUUGCACCCACUACCAAGACACGCUAUAGUAUACCCUUCUUUCUGGGAGUGAGACUGGACUUGACGCUGGAUCAACUCAAGGAAUCUGCAGCGCAUAUCGUGCACCGUAUCCCGACCUCGGACGACAGAAAGAAGCGCGCCGUAGACGUGCCAAUUCGGCGAGGCGCAUUUGAGGAAUCGGAUCUUGAGCCACCCUGA